AUGGAAACAUCACUUCUGGAACAUGACACAUUCAUAAUAGACGGCGAAAGCGGAGACAAUGAGACAGAGGAUGGGCAACGAGUGGUCGAAGUGUAUGAGUUGAUGGGGGCCGGUUGCUUCGUGGGAUCGUUUAUGUAUAAGCAGAUGAGUCUUUACUUUGCGCUGCCGUUCUUUGCGUUUCUUCUGGGGAAGGCUGUGCGUUACAGCGACACCUGGGCCAUUGCAACGUCGCGAGUAGCUGCUAUAGGCGGGGCGGUCAUCACAGUUGUAGUGCUGUGUGUUCUACCGGUGGCGUCGGAUAUGGAGUCUGUCACAGCUUUGGUUAAACGCAUAUUUCCGGUUGGGAGAGGGUUAUACGAAGACAAGGUGGCGAAUAUUUGGUGCUCCAUAUCACCUGCCGUAAAGCUGAUGCAACUGUACUCGAAGAACACACUCGCCAGGUUAUGUAUGGUGUCAACGUUAGCCUUGGCCGCGCCAAAGUGCAUACACUUGGUAAAGAAUCCGACUGCGAAGAAUUUCUUAGUGACGCUGCUGAACUGUUCCCUGGCCUUUUUCCUGGUGUCGUACCACGUGCAUGAGAAAUCCAUCUUGUUGCCCGUUAUGCCUGCGUCAGCCCUGCUGCUACACUAUCCUCUGGUUUCGGUCCUUGUCAACACCUAUGGCUUUAUUAGGCUCGGGUCUGUAUCUGCUGGCGGUGGCUGUGACAGCGUGGAUGAUAAAAUUCACAUUAUAUGUCUUCCUUUUCCGCCUACCCACAGUAUUUACCCCCUCAUCAAGCGUGAAGGCUCGGGUCUGUAUCUGCUAGCGGUGGCUGUGAUAUAUCUACUGGCAGUGCAACCGCUUGUGUGGUCGCACGUGGACCGUCUAGGCGAAUGGUCUCAGAGGGCCACUCACCUGCUGUACCUAUCGGCAUUCGGCUGCGUUGUUCUGAUUGGCUGCGAUCUCGCCAUCCCCCCCCCGGCAAGACUCCCGGAUCUGUGGACUCUACUGAUUACCACAUACAGCUGCGCGCACUUUGUAGUGAUCUACCUACUCACACUGCUGCCGGAUAUACCCUCGCCGGUGUGUGAUGGUGUACCGGCCACGGGCAAGAAACGUAUAUGAAUAGACGUACGUGGAUGUGUAUGUGGGG